AUGUUUGUGGCAAGUGUUUCUCCCUCAUCAUCACCAGCCUCAACAACAGAUACUCAUCCUUUUCCGCAAACACAAUACCCACUACAUGGAUUCACUUACAGCUCAGUACCUCUUCCCGGUUACAAUCCGCCAUCAUCUGUGAUGUACAAUAACCCUUUCGGAAAUUAUUUUCCUCCGUUCCCUCAUCAAGGCCAACAUUAUUAUACCUCUCCAAAUUCAAGUAGUGGCAGCAAUUUGAUGGAGAAGAGCAAUGUUUUACUGAGCGACGGAGGCUCUAACAGUGAAUCUGAAUGUAAGGUCAUCCUGCCCGAAAGCCAUUCAGAUCCUAAAAAGAAUGUAUUAUCGGCAAUGCCAAUCAAAAAAAGAGCUCUAAGCAAUGUCGUGAAGAAACCUCUUGAGGAAAGUAAGCAAAAUGAGGAACCACCUGCUACUAGUACGAAUGUUGAAGUUAAAAAGAAGCAGCCUAGAACUAAAGACUCUCCAACAAAAUCAGACGAAAGUGAAAAGAAGCGAAAAAAAGUACGAGACGAAAAUGAAGAGUUGAAAAAGAAGGAGAGGAGACUCGUUCGUAACCGUCAAUCAGCACAAGCAUCUAGAGAAAGAAAGAAGCAAUACAUUCAAAGCUUGGAAGCAAAAGUGGCAGAAUUGGAAAACAAAGUUCGUGAGCUGGAAGAGGAAAACAUUGAACUCAAAAAGAAACAAAAACCUUGA